AUCCCACCAAAGCUACAUAAAGUGUAUUGACCUCCGCAGCAGAGGAGAGGAGGAGUAACUGUCAAGUGGAGAGAGUAACAAUUGCAGCUGCCUGAAGAAAAGUGAGGUAGUGCGAAAAGGAGGUCGCAUAUCGAUUAAACACGUGUAUGGAGGGAGACAUGGGAGUACAACAGGGGGUGUGGGCUUGAGUCAGAGCCUUUAAAGAGGGGAUAGAGAGUGGGGUGUGGAGUGUGGGAUGUGCCGGGUGCGCUGGCAACUCGUUUGAUUACCGCGCGUAAACAGCGACAAUAAGAACGAUAGUGCAAAAGUUGCAAGGACCCGCCCAAGCGUUGUGCAACAUUUUGUGGCAGUCACAUGCCAGCGAAGCCCCUUGAUAGACAAUGCCAAUGGAAAUUUUAAUAAUGGACGAGAAACCAAAGCCACCCACACCCAAGGCAAAGCCUCCCGAGAAGCCACUCCGAAGGAGAGCUCACACCAAAGCCCCAUCACCAGCCGCAGCGCCAGCGCCAGCCAGGACCCCGAAGGCGACCCCCACAGCGAUUAUGUGUGAACUGACGCGCCUCAAGGCUCAGCAAAAGUACCUGGAGUGCCAUCAAGUCCGGCUGAAUGCCAGCAAUUUCCAGGAUAACCCCGACGACGAGGACAGUCACGAAGGCAAUGAUGAGCACGGGAAACCUUCCCAGGAGAUCGGUGCCAGACAGAAGCCAGGAAGCUCCUCCGCUGCAGCCCUCACCAGCCAGAUCAACGAGAUUGAGCGCCUGCAACUCGAGCAGAACGACAAAAUGCAGGUCUAUCGCGCCACCAAGCGCAACGAGUUGCAGGACAUGUGGCACUACGUGAACGCCAUGAAGGAGGACGUCUUCCGACCGGAGCGACUCAGCAUGUGCACGGUCAACGCCUUGAGAGAGCGAAUCAUUGGCCUUAACGGCCAGCUUGAGCGGUUGGGUGCGAAGAAUUCAAAGGAACUGGAGACGCUGCGCGAGGAGUACCAGAAGCUGGAGCGGGAGAACAAGUUCAUAUGGAGGGGCAGCCUAUAGAACCAUCAGAAUCUAAUGAAAGACUGUUGUAUACAAAUGUAUAUUAUGAAUAAUAAAUAGAGACGAUUGAUAACC